AUGUCUUAUGGUGUCGCCUUUAGUGAUAUUGAGGCCGACUGUCCCAAGGAGUACUGGUUUGACGGAAGCGUGGAUAUUCAGUUGGCAGCCAAUGCUUUGGAGCGGCUGAUUGCUUGCUAUACAUCUGGUCCAUGGGCGAAAUAUCAUCCGCCGUCGCUGACAUUGCCAUACUCUGUACCUUCGGGCAAACGAUAUAGUCUCCUGCCGUUCGUUAUGCAUUUCGUGAAUGGGAACCAUUGGGAGCUGGUCUUGCUGCGAUCAUCUGUUAAAUUGCGAUGGCCCCCGAUAUCACAGCGACAUAAGCAGCAAUGGAACGAGAUCAACCCAGGUCACGAUCACAAAACGUUUUAG